AUGGGGAAACAGAUGAGAGAUGGGGAAGACUGGGAGAGCGGGAAAGAUGCCCUGGCGUAUCUGGAACCUUCUAUAACAUAUCAGAUCAAUGCUGGAGUAUGUGGCUCCAGCAUCGAGUCCAUAUCUAGUCAAACACACAGCGAAGUUAUAAAAGGUUCAGAGUUCCCAACACUACCAGUACGAGCCACCGCCAGUACAAGCCACCACCAGUACGAGCCCACAGAGUACGAGCCACACCCAGUACGAGCCACCGACAUUACGAACCUCCACCAGUACGAGCCACACCCAGUACGAGCCACCGACAUUACGAACCUCCACCAGUACGAGCCACCGACAUUACGAACCUCCACCAGUACGAGCCACACCCAGUACGAGCCACCGACAUUACGAACCUCCACCAGUACGAGCCACACCCAGUACGAGCCACCGACAUUACGAACCUCCACCAGUACGAGCCACACCCAGUACGAGCCACCGACAUUACGAACCUCCACCAGUACGAGCCACACCCAGUACGAGCCACCGCCAGUACGAGCCACCGCCAGUACGAGCCACCGCCAGUACGAGCCACAACCAUCAAAACAGUUCACAGUUCAGUCAAACAGUUCCUUCAGUCAAAACAGUUCACAGUUCAGUCAAACAGUUCCUUCAGUCAAAACAGUUCACAGUUCAGUCAAACAGUUCCUUCAGUCAAAACAGUUCACAGUUCAGUCAAACAGUUCCUUCAGUCAAAACAGUUCACAGUUCAGUCAAACAGUUCCUUCAGUCAAACAGUUCACAGUUCAGUCAAACAGUUCCUUCAGUCAAAACAGUUCACAGUUCAGUCAAACAGUUCCUUCAGUCAAAACAGUUCACAGUUCAGUCAAACAGUUCCUUCAGUCAAAACAGUUCACAGUUCAGUCAAACAGUUCCUUCAGUCAAACAGUUCACAGUUCAGUCAAACAGUUCCUUCAGUCAAAACAGUUCACAGUUCAGUCAAACAGUUCCUUCAGUCAAAACAAGUCCCACAUGACUUAG